GAGAACGACAAUCUCGAGUCUCGUUUGGCUACUCAAAGACAACUGUAUGUGUCAAACGAAGAAACAAUGCGAGCGAAGGAGUUAGAGCAUCGCAGUCUGAAGGCGAAGAUUAUGAGUGCUGAGCUCCACCUCCGAGAGAAAGACAGCAAAAUUAGUCAAAUGACGGUAUGUUUGAGUACAAUAUUAUUCUGUCGUCUGAAUGACGUUCUGUCAGAAUUGGAACAAACGAAGAGACUUCUCGAAGAUUCUCGGCGACAACAUCAAAAGCAAAAAGAGCAGCUCGAAAGACUCAUGUAUGAGGAGAGGCAUUGGAAACAAGCGGUAAGGAACUGUCUCCAAUUGUCUUAUACGAACCAGCUGAGGAACAAUCUCUCGCAGCAAGUUGCUGCCUUACAAAAGGCCGAAAGAGAGUGGAGCAAACUCGAGCGUGAAAUGAGGGAUGAGCUAGUGGGACUUCGCAGAGACAAGUUAGUACUUACAUCAGAAGUCGAGGAGCUAAAACGAAAGCUGGUUCGAGCGGAAGUGGAGAAAAAAGAAUUGGAUGGAAUCCGAGCUCGACUUGAACGCGAAGUGGCGUCGUUAAAGAAACACGUUGAGGCUCUCGAAGAAGAAAAAACGCGCACGGAUGCAGCUGUUCGGAACACCCUUAGUGAGCGAAAGGCAAUCGACAAGUCGUUGGCCGCUAUGGAAAAAGAAAACUCAGAACUCUAUAGAAAUUGUGCUCAAUUGCAGUCCCAGAUCGCACAACUGGAACGCGAUGCUGGCAGCAAAAACGUGGCUAAGUUGCUCAAAGACCAUAGCGAAAUGGAAACCAGAAUAUCUAAACUUACAGUGGAGAAGCGGCAAGUAAGUGUGGCACGUCUUGGAGUUAAGAUGAACUUCACACAUAAACGUAAGCUGUUGGAAUCACAAUUGUCGCUACUUCGAGAUCAAUUGGAAGCAGAAAGGAAGAGACGAGCUGCAGCAGGACCUGUGGCAACUUUGCCAUCCUUUCUGCUGCCGACCUUUGCAUUUACACGGCCAAUUCAUUUUAUCGUCAAAUUUUGUCCUAUUUCACAUUACAUCUUAGAAGAGUUCUAUUGUUAUUAUGAAAUGAAUAUGUGCAAAUUUUUUCUUGUUCACAGAUCCAUGAUCCCGCCUGUUGCAUGCUCUCCGCUCUCUGCUGAUUAG